UGUUCAACGGUGUGCCCUUGGCUCCCCCUCCCCUACCACUGUAGCCGAUUUAGGGGCUACAGUGCGCCCCUAAAUCCUUCACCGGCUUCCUCCUCCUCCUCUCCCCUCCCGAUUCCUUCUCUCUCCCGCUAAAUGGAUGGGCACGCUACGCCGGAUUUCUCCCCCGCGGUCGGUUCGUUGGGCCACACAAUCGCGCGGUCGGAAAACUCCGCGGAGGGCAAAGGAGGCGAAGCAAGGGCGACGUAUCCGCCGCCGGAGAAGGUAGCCGUCGAUCCGCUUCAUUGGAGCUUCAAGGUCCACCCGCGAUGAGCAAAGCAGGCGGUCGAUCCGGCGCGGCGGCCGGGUAUGGCGGCCGCGGAGCAGCUGAAGGAGCUGGGGGAGAAGCUGCAGGCGGUGGUGCCGGCUCCUGCGGACGAACUCGCCAAGCUCCUCGAGGUAGUUCUGGUUGAUUUGGUUCAAGAUGACGGAGGAAAAGGUGGGGCGGAUCUUCGUCGGCGGGCUGUCGUGGAACACCACGGAGCGCACGCUCGAGCGCACCUUCGGUCAGUACGGCAAGGUCAUCGAGGCUCAGCAGCUGCUGAUUCACAGAGACUGCAGUCAGUUCAAUUUCUGCAUGUUAGGAAGUUAGCAAAGUUGCUGGAAAAGAAAUUCACUAAUCAUUUGAGCUCACUGGUUAGCAUUUUUGCGGUGAUGGGUUCAGUAAAGAUCAAUUGGAGGCAUAUACACUGUUAGAUUCAGUUUUGCUAGGUGUGAUCUGUUUUGUGGACAGAACCAGAUACCUGUUUUUGGCUUGUUAGCACUUAAGAUAACUGCUGCCAGCUUUAGAACACAAAAGAAUCAUCACCGGCAUGGUUAAUGAACUCCAGUCAAGUAAACAUGGUUGCAUUAAGAAGUG